UAAGUAAAGAGCGAAAAACCAUGGAGAACUCACUUUGUCUCAAUCUUAGUCGUGUCAAAAAAACUAAUCUAAUCAUAAACAGGCUGCAUAUUUUCACUCAUGGCUUUGCACUUUUGGCCCUGAUUUAUUAUAGAUCAAAUUUUCUUUUCCAAAUGAUCAAAAUCAGGGAUAAAAACACACCAUUUUUGCCCCAUGCUUUAGUGUUUUUUUCUGAGCUUAUACUCUCUUUUCUUUGGCUAUUGAGCCAGGCUUCACAAAGGAAACCGAUUUCCCGAAAAGUUUUUCCAGAAAGAUUGCCUGGAAAUGAUAAACUUCCAUCCAUUGAUGUGUUUAUUUGUACUACAAAUCCCAUAAAAGAGCCUAGUGUAGAUGUUAUGAAUACUCUUAUAUCAGCAAUGGCCCUGGACUAUCCUGCGGAUAAACUUCAUGUGUAUCUCUCGGCUGAUGGGGGCUCUUCUGUGACUUUCCAGGUAGUUAAAGAAGCCUGGAAAUUAUUGAAAUGGUGGAUUCCAUUUUGCAGGAAAUACGAGGUGAAGACGAGGUGUCCCAUGGCUUAUUUUUUAGCAGAUGAAAGUGAGGACGGAAAUGAAAAGUUUAGCAGCACUGAAUUCAUUGCUGAGAAGAAGAAGAUUGAGGAAAAGUAUGAAGAGUUCAAGUGUAGAAUACUGAGGGUCAUAGAAAAUACGAGCAGUUUUACUAGCAGAGAUCAUGAUCCUUUAAUUCAGGUGAUUAACGAUGGAAUUUGUGGAGUGGAUUCAGAUGAAACAGAGAUACCUCUCCUUGUUUACGUCUCUCGUGAGAAAAGGCCUUUUCAUCCGCAUCAUUUUAAAGCUGGAGCGCUCAAUGUCCUUCUUCGCGUAUCCGGUUUGAUCAGCAAUUCUCCGUACAUACUAGUGUUGGACUGUGAUAUGUACUGCAACGAUCCGACAUCAGCCCGCCAAGCAAUGUGUUUCUUUCUUGAUUCCAAAAUAUCCCCGAAACUUGGUUUUGUUCAGUUCCCACAGAAAUUUCACAAUAUCAGCGAGAAUGACAUCUACGACAGUCAGUUGAGAUUUGUUUGGCCGAAAUUGGAAGGCAUGGAUGGGCUUACGGGGUCUUUGUUAGCAGGUACCGGUUUUUACAUAAAGAGGGAAGCGCUCUAUCAAACUUCCAACGUCCAAGAGGAUAUAGAUCUUGUGCAGCUACAAAAGGUAUUUGGUCCCUCCAAUGAUUUCAUCAAAUCACUUCAACAAAAUUACAAACCAAAUUCAUUUAAGGAUGAAGUGUUUUCUGGAGUAUCGCUGAAAGAAAUCAGAUUUCUAGCCUCUUGCGGUUACGACAAUAACACAAAAUGGGGCAAAGAGGUGGGAUUCAGAUAUUUUUCUGUGCUGGAAGACUACUUUACUGGCUUCAAUUUACAUUGCAAUGGUUGGAUUUCAGUUUAUUUGAAUACAGCAAGGCCAUGUUUCUUGGGUUCAGCUACCACAAAUCUCAACGAGAUUUUAGUUCAAUACACACGAUGGGUAGCUGGAUUGGUGGAAGUUGCUAUCUCGAGGUUUUCUCCUCUUAUAUACGGGCCACUGAGAAUGUCGACUCUUCAAAGCAUGUGUUACGCAGAAUUUGCCUAUGAUAUCUUAAUCUUCUUGCCUAUUUACUGUCUAGCCAUUGUUCCUCAACUCUGUCUGCUUCAUGGCAUUCAUCUCUAUCCCAAGGUGUCGAACCCAUUUUGCACCGUGUUUUCAUUCCUAUUCCUCUCAUCUCAACUCAAACACAUACAAGAGAUCUUCUCGACUGGACAUUCAAUACGAACAUGGGCCAUAGAACAGAGAAUUUGGAUGCUAAGGUCACUUACCUGUUACAUGUAUGGAACUUUAAAUGGCAUUUUGGAGAUGACUGGUUUAAGAGAAGCCAGUUUUUCGCCGACAGAUAAGGCAGUAAACGACGAACAAUAUAAACGUUAUCAAAUGGGAAUCUACGAUUCUCAGGCAUCAGUUCUGUUAUUAACUCCAUUGUGCACCUUAUACAUUCUAAAUUUAGUAGCCUUCAUAAUUGGUGUCGUGAAGAUUUUUCAUAUUGAGCAAGCGAGCGAGAUUUUUAUACAACUUUUCAUCCCAUUAUUCGGCAUAUUGAUCAAUUAUCCAUUGUUUGAAGGGAUGUUCUUGAGGAAGGAUGACGGGAGAGUUGCACCAUCUAUUACACUUCUCUCUGCCGCCCUUUGUAUUAUUAUUUUGUCUUUUGGAUCCCUUGUUCUUAUUUAUUAAGUGAAAAUGCAUGUAUUGUUUUAGAAUUAUUAGGCUUUUCAUUCAAGACAUUGAAAUUUGUACUAUAAUGCACAAUCCGUUAAGAGUGUUCCAAAGUGAAAAUGCAAGUAAUUCUUUAUUUUUUGGA